CUUGGCGUCAGCAGUCUCCGGAUUAUUUUCGAGACGGUCUUGCCGGAGCGUUCCUGGAUUAAAUAAAAACCACUUUGCGACUCCCUCCACCUUCGACAAGGGUCUGCUUCAUUCUAGUGUAUUAUUCCCCACUCCAUCCUUCGACUACCCUUUCAUAUCACACCAGCAAGAUGAGCGCUACGACAGCCGCGCCCGUUGGGACCAAAUCUGAACCCCAGAAGCUGACCGGCUUGAACCUCUAUUCGCGAUUCGCUUUCGCCGGUGCCGUCUGCUGUUCCGUCACCCACGGAGGUCUCACUCCCGUCGAUGUUGUCAAGACCCGCAUCCAGCUCGACCCGAUCACCUACAACCGCGGCCUGAUCGGUGGCUUCCGCCAGGUCAUUCAGAAUGAAGGCGCCGGUGCUCUUCUGACUGGUGCCGGUCCUACCUUCGCCGGAUAUUUCCUACAGGGCGCACUGAAGUUCGGCGGUUACGAAUUCUUCAAACAGCAGUCCAUCAACACUAUCGGCUAUGAAAAUGCCAGAAACAACCGUAUCGCUGUCUACUGUGUUUCGUCUGCGUUUGCUGAGUUCUUCGCCGAUAUUGCCCUCUGUCCGCUUGAGGCUACUCGUAUCCGGUUGGUGUCGGAACCUACCUUUGCUAGCGGUCUUGUCUCGGGCUUUGGUAAGAUUGCUCGGCAGGAGGGUCUUGCGGGUUUUUAUUCUGGCUUUGGGCCUAUUCUUUUCAAACAGGUCCCAUACACCAUGUCCAAGUUUGUUGUCUACGAGAAGGUCGCCGAGUUCGCCUACGCCAACUUCUUCGAUAAGGAGAAGACCAGCGAUGGCAUGCAGACUACCAUCAACCUUGGUUCUGGGUUGAUUGCCGGUUUCGCCGCUGCGAUUGUUUCUCAACCCGCCGACACUAUGCUUUCCAAGAUCAACAAGACCAAGGGUCUCCCCGGUGAGGGCACAACCAGCAGAUUGAUCAAGAUCGCUAAGGAGCUUGGUCUGCGUGGUUCUUUUAGCGGUAUUGGUGCUCGUCUGGUCAUGGUUGGUGCUUUGACUGCCGGACAGUUCGCUAUCUACGGUGAUCUCAAAAAGGCCAUGGGCGCUGUUGGAGGUGUCGAGAUCACGAAAUAGAUAACCGUGACCCACGAGGUGUUUGUAGAAUGAUGUACAUCAAUAGAACAUAGAGGUACUCGGGGUAUCUUAAUCUAUUAUAGACGCAUGUACAUAACCAUACUUAAAUUGUAUCUAUCUUACGAGAGCUUCGACUUUUGCGAAACGAAGGUGUUUCUGCUUACCAACGACUGGAGUUUGUCGUACGAAGAUGGAAUAUGCUACAUAUUUGGACAGGAUCGCGCACUUGACCCGCCCCACAAUAAUAUAAUUGCCCUGGUUCGGCGGAUGGAAACGCUUUCUUGAAGGAGAGCAGAUUCCAGAGCUACCUACUAACGCAAAGGGCGGUGCUUGAGGAAGAUAAUUGAAUUAUGAGACUAUCGCAGAAUCAUACAGGGAAUCGCUGUUUGAGGAAGGUGUUCCUCAAGGAAUUUUCGUUGGUAGAGGCCGCCUGGUGGAAUAGCAAUAAAUGCCCCAAGUUUUGUGUCCACUCCCAUAAACUUUUCUUGGCUCCCUUGAUAUCCGAGUGAUAUAUUUGACAUUUGCGUUAUUGAAUAUGCUAUGGAGACAAACAAACCAGGAGAUAUAGUGAUGGAAGGUGAUAUAGUGAACGAGUAGGAAUCUUUCCGCUCUGGAUUUGAAAGUUGCGAUAGUCUUCGCAUGACGGUGC